UUAUGCAAUUCGUCCCUGACACGACUCCGGCUCCUGUUGAGGUCGGACAGGAACUGGGCCGCAGCAAUCGAGAAUACAAAUAAAUAAAUCCAAGACACCUAGAUACGCCGUGAUUAUAUUAUUCAAGGCAGAGAUCCAAGCCCAGAUACGCCGUGAUAUGGAGAAGGCGUCGGGGCGAAGUAUCUGCCCGUUCGACCUUGUCGCGUUCAAGUCCACAGGCGGCGGCGCUCAUGGCGACCGCGGUCGGGUGCUGAACGCAAGGCCCGGCAAGGGCAACACGCGUGCCGUGCUGUGUGUCGACGGCGCCGUGGUUCGAGUAAAGCCCAGCGAGAUCACCGUCGUCGACCGGAGUUACCUUUACCCAGGCAUCGUCGUCGCCUCGGCCUCGGACCCCGGCGGCCAGCUCGGGGUCGUCACAGGUGUGGACCGAGCGCUGGACCUGGUCCGGCUUGACGGCGAGAAUGCAGCGGCGCCGGUCGCCGGAAGCGUGCCCCCUGGCGAGCUGCGGCGCGUCAGGGUGCUCAACCUUGGCGACUACGUCGUGUCCGGCCCCUGGCUCGGCCGGGUCGUCGAAGUGUCCCUCGACGUCGACGUGGCGUUCGACGACGGCGCCGUCUGCAGGGUCGCAGACGCGUGCCGCAAACUGAGCUCCUUGCGCGGCGGGGACGGCCUGAGCCGCCUCACCAACAGUUCUUUCUACCCCGGGCAGCUCGUCGUCGGCCACCGGUCUGUUUUCAGGGCAUCGCCGUGGCUCAAGGGCUACUGGAAGCCCAGCCGUGAGAGGGGCACCGUCGCCAAGGUGGAGAUGGCCGGCGUGCUCGUCUACUGGGUCGCCUCGUCGCCUAGUACUAGUGACAUCAAGGCGUCGUCGGCGCCUCCAGCGUACCAGGAAAACCCUCAGAAUCUGACCUUCUUCUGCUCCCCGCCCAGCUGCUACUGGAGCAUCGGCGACCGCUGCUUCUUCCGCAACCCCGGCGGCCAUCGUGCGCCGCCGCCGGCAGCUGCCAAGGAACAACCGGCAAAGUCGAGCCGGAACCGGCCUGGGCGGCGGAUGGCGAUGCGACGACGAGUGGACCACCGGAGCGACGCAGAGUUGGAGCGGCCAAUGUCCGUCGCCAACACCCGCACGACGGCCGACGUGCUGUGGCAGGACGGGACGCGGCAGCGUGGCGUGGCGUCGGCGUCCCUGCUCCUCUUCGUGCCGCGGAACGAGCACGAUUUUCUCCCGGGGCAGCAGGUUGUUCGUGUCCGCGGCGGGGAUGGCUCUGCCGCCGCCGGUGUCGUUAGAGGCCUCAGCUGCAGGGACCGGACCGUGAGCGUGUCAUGGCUGAAGCAGGAGGCGGCGAUGCCCAACGGUGGCGACGAGAUCUUGAGCGCAUAUGAUCUAGGCAUCGAUGGCAACUCCAGGGUCUUCUACGGGAAUGUUGUCGUUCGGCUACGAAACAGCAUGCACGAAGCUGUCGUGCAGGCUCAGAGCAACGACAGGAAGACGAUGGGUGACGACCUUUCAUGGGUCGGACAUGUCUCGGAUCUUUGUGAGGAUGGCCACGUCCUAGUCAAGUGGGGUAAUGACAAGACGACAAAGGUGUUGCCUCAUGAGAUAGCUGUUGUCAAACUACAAAUGGUUAGUGAGAUGCUCCGAGAGAUGGGGGAUUGGGUGUACGAUGACGGGGACAUCGGCGACGAUGCUGUCGACAAUAAUGCACAGGAGCAAACGGCCGUUCAAGAGCCCGCCGGCAUCGCUGACAACGGCGCCAACGGAGAAGGUGGUGACGACGAUUCCGACACCGAAGAUGGCCUCGUACCAUCGACGCGUUUGAAUUGGGGCGGCGACGGCUCUGAUAGGCAAGGGGCGGAUGAUUCGUUUCGUUUCCAGCAGUUUGACGUCAUGCAGAGCCCUCCGGAUCACCAUUACCUCGACGACACAGAGCAGGGUACCGGCGGUGGAAGGAGGUGGAUAAAGAGAGUGCACAAGGAAUGGAACAUUCUAGAGAACAGCUUACCUGACACCGUGUACGUGCGGGCGUACGAGGACCGCAUGGACCUGCUCCGGGUGGCGAUGGUGGGAGCGAGCGGGACGCCGUACCACGACGGCCUCUUCUUCUUCGACCUGCAGCUCCCGCCGUCGUACCCCGCCGCGCCGCCGUCGGUGAACUACCGGUCCUUCGGCCUCCGCGUGAACCCCAACCUGUAUCCCUCCGGCACCGUGUGCCUGAGCCUGCUCAACACAUUCGGCGGCCAAGGAGCCGAGCUCUGGUCCCCGGAGGUCUCCAGCGUCCUCCAGGUCGUCGUCUCCAUCCAGGGCCUCGUGCUCAACGCCCAGCCCUACUACAACGAGGCCGGCUACGAGGCCCAGGUCGGCACGCCGGAGGGUCGCCGCAACGAGCUCCCGUACAGUGAGAACACCUACCUGCUCAACCUGCAGACCAUGAUCCACCUUCUGCGCAGGCCGCCGGCGGGCUUCGAGGAUUUCGUCAGGAACCACUUCCUCCACCGCGCCCGUCACGUCCUGCUCGCGUGCAAGGCGUACCUAGAGGGCCGCCUCGUGGGCACGCUCGGUGGCGAGGCGCGCGCCGCAGAUCAGGGGAGGAGCUGCUCGGUGGGGUUCAGGCUCGCUCUCGCCAACGUGGUGCCCCGACUUGUGGAGGCGUUCGCUGCGAUCGGCGCCCAGGGAUGCGAGGAGUUCGAUCGGCCACCGCUCUGCACUUCGUCUGCUAGCGGCUAGUUAAAGCUCGCGUGCUUACUUUUACACAUCAUUAGAGUUACAAUUUUGAAAACAAGCUAGAGUUUAGUUCAUUUACACGUUUGAUUGAAUUUGGACCGUACAUCAAUAUAUUUUUGGAUGUUAUAUUAAUAUUAUUUGAAAUGGUAUA